AUGCUGCGCAUCAACGUCUUCGUGGGGCGGCUGAGGGCAGCUUUCCCGGCACCCAUGCGCGGCACCGAGGCAAGAUCUGGGGCCCUGUGGAGUGAGCGCGGUGCGUUGCAUAUCCGCCCACUCAGGCCAUUUGGACUUGGCUGCGUUCCGCCUGUGCCUGUGCCGCUUGCACCGCCUUUGCCGUCGCUGCCGAAGCAGGAAGAGGCUGCGAAGCAGGUGGAACCCAACGAGGUGUCCCAGGACGCUUCGGCACCGAUCGAGACCGUGGCCGAUGCGAUCGAUCGCUUCCUUGACACCGUGGACGAGGCCAAAGAGAAGUUGAAGAUCCAUAUGCAGGAAUUCCUUGUGCCCUCCGGCAGCCAGAGGAGAAAACCCAGGUUGGAGGUCACGCUGGACGUGGCAAGGAAACUGAUUCGCAAGGCUGAGGAGAGCUUGAGCGAGUUGAUGCCCGUGGAGCCUUUGGAGCACGUCCACGAGAUGCCCUCUUCUUUGAAGGUCGCAGGCUUUCUCUCCAACCCGACCUUGAAUCAGGAAUACCAUGUGGAUCCUGAGUCAAACUUGAAUGAGAUGCCAGUCUAUUGGUCCCAGGAUAAGAACUUCUUCAUGUACCGCGAGGCGAAGCAUGGUGGCUGGUUGAUUGGUCCGGCCGAGAGCAAGGACGCUGCCCGCUGGGGCGAUCCCACCUCUGUGGCCUCUGAAAAACCAGAGGUGCCAGGCGAAUGGCUGGAGUUAGACCCUCGUGGAGUCUGGGAGUGCAGGUUGAUCCAGUGUCAGGCCUUCAUGCCAGACCUUCGGCAGCCAGUGACGCCUCCCUGA